AUGGAUAGGCUUUCAUUAUACUUGGAUCCCCAGAUUCGAGACUGGGUUCUCUUUCCAAUCACUCUUGUAAUGAUAUUGGUCGGAAUACUGCGCCAUUAUGUGGUCAUUCUCUUACAGUCGCCACCGAAAAAGCUCUCGCGAGCCGCAACCCGUGAGCAACGUGCUCUCACGCGCUCUCAGAUUCUCCGAGCUACAUCCUCAAAUUCCCCAAUACCACCAUCAUUUUACAAAGCUAUCUCACAGCAUCUUUCUGAGGCCUACAAGGCCGGAACGUACCUGAAGGACGGACCGCCCAAGGCUGAUGCCCCAUCAUCUGCUCCCAAUCCUCUGUCAGACCCUGCUGCCAUGGACGGCAUGAUGGCCGGCAUGAAAACCCAAAUGGUCAUGAUGGUCCCACAGAUGGUUAUUAUGGGCUGGAUCAACUUCUUCUUUCAAGGCUUCGUCCUAAUCAAACUACCCUUCCCUUUGACGCUGGGCUUCAAAUCCAUGCUUCAGCGUGGCAUAGAUACCCCUGAUAUGGAUGUUCGGUGGGUUUCAUCACUGUCGUGGUAUUUCCUCAACUUUUUCGGCUUGAACGGCCUUUAUCGACUUAUCCUUGGCGGUGAUAAUUCUGCUGAUUCAUCGCGUGACAUGACUACGUCGCCCUUUGCGGCCAUGGGCAAUGCGCAGCCAGGGCAGCCACAAGAUUUCAACAAACUUUUCAAGGCAGAGCGGGAUAAUCUCGAGUUUGCUGAGGGUCUUCACAGCUGGGUGGGUGAAAACAUGGAUACUAAGAUUCUACGGAAGUAUGGGAAGCUAGCUGCCUUGUGA